AUGGCGUCUCCCGAGAAGGCAGCACCAGUCAGCGAGGGGGAGGAUGUCAUACAGGCCGCCCAUCGGGAGCAAGACAUCCAGCAUGUCGCCGAGCGAGGGCAAAUGGCCACCGACAAGUACGGUCAGCCGCUGUUCCAGUUCGAUGCCAAGGCCGAGUCUCGCUUGCGCACCAAGAUCGAUCUUUUCAUCGUCCCCACGGUCGCGGUCUUGUAUCUCUUCUGCUUCAUCGACAGAGCCAAUAUCGGUAAGUUCUCUUGCUCUCGGGAGCGCCCCAGGGCUCCUCAUACGCCCUAUCUGAGCUGCAUGACUCAUGCCAAUGCAUCACCAGGUAACGCUCGACUUGCCGGCCUCGAAAAGGACCUGCACCUGAAGGGAAACGACUACAACACCGUCUUGUCGGUGUUUUACAUCUCGUACAUCAUCUUCGAGAUCCCGUCCAACAUCCUCUGCAAAUGGGUCGGCCCCGGCUGGUUCUUGCCCGCCAUCUCCCUGGGCUCGUCGCUCGGCACCGCCUUCGUCAAGGACAUGCCCGCCGUGUGCGGCGUGCGCUUCCUCCUCGGAAUCUUUGAGGCCGGCAUGCUCCCGGGGAUCGCAUACUACCUAUCGCGGUGGUACCGUCGUGCCGAGCUCGCCUUCCGCCUCUCCCUGUACAUCGUCAUGGCGCCGCUCGCAGGCGCGUUCGGUGGCCUGCUCGCUUCGGCCAUCCUGAAACUCUCGCACUUUGGCGGUCUUCAUGCAUGGCGCAUGAUCUUCGCCAUCGAAGGCAUCAUCACAAUCGGCCUCUCCCUUAUCGCCUUCAUUACCCUGACCGACCGGCCCAGUACUGCCCGGUGGCUCACGCCCGACGAGCAGGCCCUGGCGAUCGCCCGCGUCAAGUCGGAGCGUGUGGGCGCCACGCACGUGCUGGACGGCAUCGACACGAUCAAGCUGAAGCGCGGCCUGACGAGCCCCCUCACCAUCGCCACGUCCUUCGUCUUCCUGCUCAACAACGUCACGGUGCAAGGGCUCGCCUUCUUCGCGCCGACCAUCGUCGCCACCAUCUACCCGGACAAGUCGACCAUCCAGAAGCAGCUGUACACGGUGCCGCCGUACGUCGUGGGCGCCUUCUUCACCGUGCUGAUCCCGCUGCUGAGCUGGCGCUUCGACCGCCGCCAGAUCUUCAUGGUCAUCAGCGCGCCGCUGACCAUGGUCGGCUACAUCAUGUUCCUGGCGUCCAACGUGGCCAAGGUGCGCUACGCCGCGACGUUCCUCAUCGCGCUGUCGGCCUUCUCCCUCGGCGCCUUGACCAACGCGCAGGUGAGCGCCAACGUCGUGACGGAUACGGCUCGCAGCAGCGCUAUCGGUAUGAACGUCAUGAUGGGCAACAUUGGUGGAUUGAUCGCGACCUGGAGUUUCCUUUGGUAUGACGGACCGGAUUAUCACAUUGGCAACGGGCUCAAUCUCGCUACCUCGUCUACCGUAUUGAUCGUCACCAUCUUGACCCUCUUGUGGAUGAAGCGCGACAACAAGAAACGCGCCCAGCGCAAUGUAGAGGAGGAGUUGACAGGGCUCACCGACAAAGAAAUCGAGGAUCUCGACUGGAAGCAUCCUGCCUUCAAGUGGCGCCCUUGA